GAGUACACAACCGGUGCCCACUAGUUCGGCGUUCCCGCGAAAGUGAUUUAUAAACUUCGGUUCGGUGUUUUAAACGCAUUAUUUUACUUGUAAAUACCUGUUUCCGUGAUCAUUAGACAGUCGUUUCGACUGCGGUGCGUACGGUGCGUUUACGUGUGACAUUGUUUGACGAUAUCCGAUGAAAAGUACUGGUAAAAUCGAGCGGGAAAACUAGAUGCGCAGAACGCGCGGAUGCUGUGACUCCUCCGGUUUAUCCAUCAUCUGCAUUCGAUAUUGAACGGUCCAACACGAAUUUGUUUGUUCGCAAAUGUAAAAGACAGUCUACUUUGUCAGUGGCUUGUGAUUUUCACAAGUUUUCAUAACAUUUUCUUACGUAAAAUCGUGGCGAGAACCAAGCGUCUGUCGAAGGACGCCGAGCCUGAAACACGUUCGCCUGUGCCUUAAAUUCCGUGUACAUACGUCAAAGUAAUAGGAUUUAUGUGAUGAAAAUAGACAAGUGGACCUCGGGGAAUCUGUUAAUCAGGAAUUGACGAUUUUUCCCCCCUUUGAGGUUAUGUUAUACAUAUAGAGGGCGUGACAGUGGCAUAUUGCAAGCAGGGGUUGGUCAUCGUUUCGCGCGCUGGUCUCCCGCGCUUCGAGUUCCACGUCUCUUGUUUUACUGUGGAAUUAUUGUUCUGUGAUAUCCCGAGGCUUGAAACCGUGUCAGAAAAGACUUUAAGGAAUUUUCGUGUUGUAAAAUAUUUAGCGGAUAAAAAGUUAUGACGUUAAAUAUCGAAUGAAACGCAGCCAAGUAUACGUGCAUUAUGGCGAUCAGGUGCGUGUGAGCUUCGCGCGCUCUUUUACUUUCCGACCUUUUCCUGCCUAAAUUAGUGACCGUAUGUGGUAGCGAGCAACGCGAAUAUUCAAUUAACACACCCACCGAUCUGUGUUCGUAUUAAAAAAAUCUGUGUCCGUUCAAAAUAUUUUUUGAACACGUCGACAAUCCUGAAGCAGAAUGCCACAGACGAGUUUACAUGGAAAGAAAUCACAGACUUACUUGCAAGGAGCCAAAGUAGUGACACAGUCUUCAAAACGCAAAAGACGUCCUACAGAGAACUUGGAAGAUACAGAAAACGUCUACCCUCCUAGUAAAAUUCCACAUGUAUCAUACACGGAAUCAUGUCACACAGUACAUCCAUUGGAAAACUCCUGUACUCCGAGUCAUCAGGUCUCCCCAUUGAAAGAGCAACAGGAGCCAGCAACAUGGUCGGAAUUGAGAACAGCCACAUGCUUUUUAACGCCGUCGUCUUCGAACAACACGUCCAGCCGACCGAGCCCGUUGCCAUCGUUUCCCUGGGCAGACGGUUCUCAGGUAUGGUCUCUCAUGUGCUUGGGAGACCAGAAGACCAUCACUCAGAGGAAUCCGCAAAUGUUUCAAAGGCAUCCUACACUCCAACCGAGGAUGAGGGCUAUUUUGUUAGACUGGUUGAUCGAAGUUUGUGAAGUUUAUAAACUACACAGAGAAACUUACUAUCUGGCAAUGGAUUAUAUAGACAGAUACUUGUCCAUUCAUCAGAACGUGCCCAAAAAUCAAUUGCAAUUGAUAGGCAUCACGUGUCUGUUCAUAGCAGCUAAGGUCGAAGAAAUAUAUCCGCCUAAAAUAGCGGAGUUCGCAUAUGUCACCGACGGAGCCUGUACAGAAGAAGAGAUAUUAGGAAAAGAAUUGAUCAUCUUAAAAGGUCUCGGCUGGAACUUGUCUCCGGUCACUGCUCCCGGCUGGUUGAACAUUUACAUGCAAAUAGAAUCGGGAGAUUGGUCGAGACCCAACGCGUUUAUUUAUCCACAAUACGGAGGACUACAAUAUUCUCAGGCAGCUCAACUGAUAGAUUUAGCUACGUUGGACGAAGGAAGUUUAAAAUUCCCGUACAGUCACAUAGCAGCGGCAGCUAUCUACCAUACGCAAGGCAGAGAAUGUGCGUUGAGGGUGUCGCGCAUUCCGUGGGAACAGCUCGCGCCCUGCGUCAAAUGGCUCACUCCCUUCGCAAUGACCGCUGCUGAAGAAGAUUCACAGUGUCUUUUAAGAUCCAUGAUAACACCCGUGGAGUCUCACAGCGGAUCUGGACUGAAGGCAGCAGUACCUAACAUAGUAAUGGACGAAUCGCAUCGUAUACAGACUCAUGUAGUAGAUUUGAACAUGCUAGAAAAGGCGCAGCAGCGAUUAGUGGAGGAGACCCCUUUAAUUGAUACAAACGAGUUCGACUCGAAUCCCGUGUCUGGUAGACAAAGUCCAAACGAGAGCGGGCUUCUAACUCCGCCGUCUAGCAGUCAAAAGAAUUCAACGACCCCCACGCGUCCUUCGCCGCAGUUACAACCGUAUACAUAAUAAACUAUUAUUUAUAAUAACGCGUUUACCGACUGCUUUUUCAUGAUGACCGACCAGUUAUUGUAAGCAUGCGUACGUACAUGUUAAGAGGUCAUUAACUGCUUGAUAUACUUUCAAGUUGCACGGUGUGUCACUUGUAAGGGAUAUCGUUUACGUCCGGUGCAUCCGAUGAUUAUCCGUUGUCUUUGCAACGAUGGUGUCUAUAAGUCAUCUAUAAGUCGUAUCGUAAUCGUAAGAGUCGCAGUACAAGUUAUGGUGUCUAUAAUGGCGCUGAAUUUAUUUAAUGUUCUUUUAUCGUAGAUGUUUAGAAGAAGUGCCUUGCAUCGGGGAAUAUAAACUUACACGAGAGCCUACGGCUAUAUAUUCUGUGAUUAUAUUCAUGCAGUGAAAUACAUAUUAUCUAUGUUAACGUGUUACGGAGAACUGUCAACAAUUGACGUAAAAUCAUUAGUGCCUGCUGAAAGUGUCUUUAGAAAAAUAUUAUAUAUAUAAAUAUAUAUUUGUCUUUAUUACAUAGUAACGAAGUAAAGAAACGUUUGUGAAUAGUAUUCUUUUAUAUAUAUACAUACACACAUAUAUAUAUAUAUAUAUACAUAUACAUACAUGCACAUCUAUAUGUAUAUAUAUAUUUUAUUCGCUUUAUUUUAACGCAACGUGUUAUAAAGCCGGCUGAAUGUAUUUUUAUGUAUAUGUAUAUCGUGAAUUAUACUAAUCAUUAAGAGAAAAAAAAAUUUGGUUCAGAGUGCGUGGAGAUGGAUGGAUGAGCGAAGACACGGGACUACUACUUGUUCAAUAAAAUAGGAUUAAAAAUUUCGUGAUCACUUUAUACUGCCCUGCAUUUAUUGACGCGGUCGUUUAUACAUAUUUGUAUGAAGAAUUAGACAAUAAAUAUUUCUAAACCCGA